GAAGCCACCACCUACAUUGCCCUCAUCGUCGACGAGUUCCUCAACUCCAUCAAGCCGUGGACACAGGUCAAGAACUACUCGACCACGAAUUACGAGACCAGCAACGAGACCGCCCAACGCAUGCAAACUCUCGAGGAGGAGGCCGCCAAGUAUAAGCAGCGACUCCGAAAUGCAGGCAUCGACGUCACACCCACCAAAACUCUACCCCUUCAAGAUGGCAGUCAACAAGCCGAGCCUAUGCGCGCAGAAUCGUCUGGACACCAAGAAGACCCUCCUCCAGCUCAGCCGCCAGCAAAGCGGCAACGUCUUCAGCGCGGAGACGCCACCAACAAGAAAAAGUUGGAACAAUUCAUACAAGAGCCCUUCAACGUGAUCAAGCAAGCCGACCAGAAGACCAUGCCCGCCGACAAGCACGCGGAGAUGGACAGCCACAUGACCAACGUGCAGAAAAUCCUAGAGGAAGCGCGAUUUAACAAGUCGCAACUUCAGGAAAUGGCCACGAGAACGCGGAAAUCCGCUGCGGCUUCACAACUCCAAGAGCGACUUCGCAAAAAGGGCGCGGUGCCAGACUUAUAUACAUAUGACAAGUUCACGCAGCCGUGCGCAGUGUACGUGAAGAUCAAGUUUCCCAAGCUCAACGAUUCCGGAUGGGCAGUGAUUCACAAAGAGACAGCGUACCACUACGUGGGCUCAACCAACAUCACCAUCGCCAAGCGUGAAUACAAUCGAGUAGCAAAACUUCGACAACUUCAAAAUCUCAAGCUUCCCAAGACAGAGAUCGCCAUCCGAUAUUGGAAAGACGCCAACAAUUACGGGCAAUUCAGCACUUUGCUUCUAUCGACACACAAGGAGUACAUUGACGCCUGGGCUGAAGAGCACAGUUUGAUACAACGCUGGCAGCCUAAGCUGAACUACCCCUUCGUCACCAAGGAGCUAGUCAAGAAAGCCCACGGGUUGGUACCAAAGCAUCAACAACCACACACUCAGAAGCCAUCAGAUAGCCUGGCCAGACAAUUAUUCAAGAAGCUUCGGAGACGAGUUCAAGGCAAGAAUGCGGCACUCCUGAACAUCCUACCCAAGCAAGUGCAAUUUUGGAAAAUCCUCUAUGCCAUCUCCAGCGACACCAAGCAAGAAUAUGACGUCUCCCGAGAACUACGAAGUGGAAAGCACGACGCCGAAGCCGUGACCAUCCUGUACCGCUUGGCCAACCACAUGGAACA